AGGAAACGAGAAAGACUAAAAGUCAAUGUGCGUUGGCUACAAUGGGUUGGAUACCUGGAGGAGCUUGCCACCUGGGAAAAUGCGUCGAAGUUGUUGAGCACCCUUGAUAAGGAUAGGACUGGAGUGACGCCUUCCAAACGCAGAUCGUCUGCGGCGAACCCGCCAUCCAAGCAGCCUCGGGCUGAACCCACAAAAGCCGCAGGAGAAAAAUCUCAAACUGAUAGAACAUCGAUAAAGCACAGUCGUCCUCCAAAGAAGCCACCUGUAACUCCAACUUCAGCACCGGCUUCAUAUUCGUCUCUGGCCCCGGGUCCAGGUUCAACUGGAGUAGUGGUAUAUGACUUGCGCCCCGAGGACAAGAUCCUGGGCGGCCUUUCAGAUUCUGAACUUUAUCCACUGCAGCCCGGCGUAUCUGGUAAGCAAGCAUGGCUUACUGGUAGGAUCAUCACAUCCUUCCUAAAGAACCUGGGCCUCCUCUGCGACAUGGCGACCUUUGAAGUCGUAGAGCCCGGGUCAUCUGGCCGUUUGCUAUCGAAAGACAUUCGCAAAUUUGCCGAGACCAACGGCGCCAUGGUUGCCAUUUGCUUUAACAGCCAUUGGGUUUUAGUCAUGAUCUGGCCCUCGCGCCGUGAGCAGCAGUCUGACUUUGACUGUGGGAUCUCCGUCCUGGUUGCAGCGACCUUUUACGCGACCGGCCACGAAAUACCUUCUUUGGCUUAUGACCUGUGGCGGCGGCUACUGUUGGCCAUCGCUUCAGGAAAUGUGUUUUCGCUACCGAAGAUGGAGGAGCUACCCGAAUCUCUCCGCUCGCUGCCUGCAAAGCCCGAUAUCAAACUGAUUAGAACACAUAUUCAGGGGCUACAGGAUUUUCAAGCCCGCCAAGUCGCUCGAGCAUCCAUUGUCGAGGCCCUCCCCACCGCAACGCCUGUCGUAAAAAGUCUAAAAGCCCAGGUGGCGGAAAAGUACAUGCAGACGCGUUUUGUCGAUCUUGAGGAUUUGUACUUUAGACUCCAUAAUCUCAAUCUCGAUACUUACUCACAAAAGUUGGACGUGCCUUCCGAUUCUCGAUAG